GCCCGGCAGCCGCGGCCGUCCGUGUGUCCCUGCGAGGUGUGCGGGCCCGGGCCGGAGCCCCGCGGCGCAGAGGCCGGAGCGGAGCUGUCAGCAUGGCCGGUGGCCCUGAGCCCUACAUUGAAAUAUUUGAGCAACCCAGGCAAAGGGGCAUGCGUUUCAGAUACAAAUGUGAGGGAAGAUCAGCAGGCAGCAUUCCAGGAGAACACAGUACUGAAAACAAUAAGACCUUCCCUUCCAUCCAGAUUCUGAACUAUUUUGGAAAAAUCAAAAUAAGAACCACGUUGGUAACGAAGAAUGAACCCUACAAGCCACACCCCCAUGACCUGGUUGGAAAAGACUGCAGGGAUGGCUACUACGAAGCUGAGUUCGGGCCAGAACGGCGAGUCCUGUCUUUUCAGAACCUGGGCAUUCAGUGUGUGAAGAAGAAAGACCUGAAGGAAUCCAUUUCUUUACGAAUCUCAAAGAAAAUUAACCCUUUCAAUGUGCCCGAGGAGCAGCUGCACAACAUCGACGAGUACGACCUCAACGUGGUCCGGCUCUGCUUCCAAGCCUUCCUUCCCGACGAGCACGGCAACUACAGCAUCGCCCUCCCUCCUCUGAUUUCCAACCCCAUCUAUGACAACAGAGCUCCCAACACCGCAGAACUGAGAAUCUGUCGUGUGAACAAGAACUGUGGGAGCGUCAAAGGAGGAGACGAAAUAUUUCUGCUGUGUGACAAAGUUCAGAAAGAUGACAUAGAAGUCAGGUUUGUCCUGGACAACUGGGAGGCCAAGGGCUCCUUCUCCCAAGCCGACGUCCACCGCCAGGUCGCCAUCGUGUUCAGGACGCCGCCGUUCCUCAGGGACAUCUCCGAGCCCGUCACCGUGAAGAUGCAGCUGCGGAGGCCCUCGGACCAGGAAGUCAGUGAACCCAUGGAUUUCAGAUACCUGCCAGAUGAAAAGGAUCCAUAUGGCAACAAAGCGAAAAGGCAAAGAUCAACGUUGGCUUGGCAGAAGCUCAUACAGGACUGUGGCUCAAGCACCAUGGAGAGGCCCAAAGUAGCCCCAUUCCCUGUUGUCACUCCUGAAGGGAAGGCGAUUAAGAAAGAACCGAACCUGUUUCCAUCCACGAUGAUGCCUGCAGGCCUAGGAGCGCUGUCCGCCCCGAGCCAGCCGUACCCCAGCUGCUCGCAGGUGGCGGCGGGGCCGGGCAAGCAGGACGUGCUCUCCUCCCCGUUCUGGAUGCUCGGCUCCCACCCGCACAACAGCUUCUCCUCGGAGCCCCAGGGCAGCGGCUCCCUGCCGGCCUUCCCCGACGGCUCCCUGGCCUGGCCGGACGAGAAGGACUCGGGGCUCUUCCGGACCUUCGGCAGCACGAACGGGCUGGGCGCCGUGGUGCUGCCGGCCCCCGAGCUGCAGAGCCUCCCCGGCGGCGGCGCCUCCAGCGCCGGCCUGCUGGGCAUGGACACGGACGACAUGAGCUGCGGCAGCAUCAGCCUGGAGCGCUUCAGCGCCGCGCUGGGCCCGCGGCAGCCGCCGCUGCAGCUGCCCCCGGCCGGGCCCGGCGGCGCCGCCGCUUUCCCCGCGCAGCCCGGCCUGGCCGAGCCCGCCUACGGCUUCAUGGACGCGGAGGGGCUGGGCGAGCCCAGGCUGCCCGGCGGGCACCAGGGCCUGCCCGACGGCCAGUUCUACGACACCGACGGUGUCCACACCGACGAGCUCUACCAGUCCUUCCCCUUCGAUAACAUUUUGCAGAGCUAUCAGCCGUGA